AUGACAGAGGACAACGCCCAUAGAGUGGUCAUAACCAUCACGGGUCUGUUCACAGAGGCGCCUAGCCGAGGCUGGGGCGAUCUCUGGCGGCGGCGAUCAGCGGCCGAGGAGGACCUCCCACCCAUCAACAACUCUCUAUCAAGUGAAUCUAAGAAAAUCUUCGACAUGAUCGGUGCCGCAAGGCGCUGGCUCAAACGCAAUCGCAAGGGUCUCGCGAUCGGGGCCGGGGUGCUAGGAGCUGGUUAUCUUGCUGGCCAAUAUGUGCUUUCCAAGAUCUCUGAGGCGCGAGAGCGCAUGAGCAGUGAUAGAAUUGCCCGGGAAAACCUCCGACGGCGAUUCGAACAAAACCAGACCGAUUGUACCUAUACCGUUAUUGCUCUACUACCAACCGCCACCGAGAAUAUCGUCGAAGCACUCCCUGUCGAGGACUUGACGAAGGAAUUACAGAAGAAAAGGGCGGAGAGGCUAGCGCGGAUCAAUGCGGGCGAGCCAGCCGGCUCGGACAUGAGCUCGGUGUCCCCAAGCUUACCUGAAGAUGACCGGAAGAGCUUUGCGAGCUUCCAAAGCGAAGGAUACGUGCAUGCAAGUCAGGCGCAGCUGGGGCAGUCCACCGAGGACGGCCAAGCUCGGCCCAAGCGGAACAAGACACAGCUGUGGAAUGAAGUCAAGAUCACUUCUAUCACAAGGGCGUUUACCAUGAUUUACACCCUUGCCCUGCUCAACAUCUUCACCCGCAUUCAGCUUAAUCUCCUCGGCCGUCGAAACUACCUCUCCAGUGUCAUCUCCCUCGCCAAACCUACCCUAGGCGAUGAUUUUAAUACCAAUCGUCGAUAUUUGGCAUUCAGCUGGUGGUUGCUGCACCGUGGAUGGAAGGAGGUUAUGGGACGAGUUCAACCUGCCGUGGAAGAAUUCUUUGGACCGCUCAAUCCUCGCGAGGAUAUCAGCCUGGACAAGCUAUCAGAACUGACCCUCGAAAUUCGGAAGAAGGUUGAAGGGAGCACAGAGGCCGAGCGACGAUCCACGAAAUGGCUGUCCUGCCUCCUCCCUUCCACCGAAGAGGAAGACUUUGUCCUGCGCGAAUCGGGCGUUGAAGGUGUGACUGAUCCCUCAUCGGCAGAGACCGCAUCGAAACUUCGCCACCUUCUCGACGAAACUGCUGAUCUGAUUGAUUCGCCGUCUUUCUCUUUCGUCUUGACUCUUCUACUGAACGAGGGGUUCUCGACUCUAGUGGACGUGAAAUGCGCUAACGAAGCUUUCAAGCCGGCUGCGGAGCCAGAAGUAGCGCCGCAGUCUUUCGACUCUGUGCAAACCGUCAUCCCCCCUGGCUCCGGCGGACGCAAGACCAAGCUUGCAAAUCUCCUAGCUGUUCUUGCCCGCCAGGCCCAUGUGAUUGGCCAUGGGCCCGUUGGUCCAAACGAAUAUUUGACCGUGAUGGACCGUGAUGUCCGAGAGCUGGAGGCAUUUUCUGCCGUGAUUUAUAGCUCCAACUUUGAUCUUGAAUUACUCGGUGCCACUGACAAGCCCGAAAAUACUGAGGCUCCACGUGCGACAGACGCGGACUCUGAUACUUCGUCUGCGCCCGUGAUGCUUGACAAAGAGGUAGACGUUGAAGCCAGCGUUGAUCUGGCACAGACUACACCCAGCAUAAUUGAGCAUGGAGAAGGCACUCCUGGUAUGACGUUAAUAGAGCCAGAGCAGCAACCACAGCAGGAAGAGACCGCUGCUGACUCGGCUUUUGAGCGUGCGUGGGGCAAGGCAGUAGACGAUGGCAAGCCAUCCGAGGUGGAAGGACAUGCGUCUCCUUGA